GAAACCUUCUCAAUUUACUUCAAUUGCCACUAUACCUAAACUUCAUCUUUCUCCACUGAGCUAUGAUAAAGAUUGCAGAUUUCACUCUCUUCUUCAUCUUCUUCAUCUUCUUCGUCUCCUCUUCCUCGUUGCUUCUAGCUCAAUCUCAGCUUCCCAAUAUCGACCCACAAGACAAAGCUUCUUUAUUGAUAUUCAGAGUUUCGAUUCACGACCUAAAUCGAAGCUUAUCGACAUGGUACGGCUCAUCGUGUUCUAACUGGACAGGUCUAGCUUGUCAGAAUCCGACCGGAAAAGUUCUCUCUCUCACUUUAUCUGGUCUGAAUCUCUCCGGGCAGAUUCACCCAUCUCUUUGUGAGCUCUCUUCUCUUCAAAGCUUGGACCUUUCUCACAACAAUUUCUCUGGAAACAUUCCUUCUUGCUUCGGUUCGUUGCGUAAUCUUAGGACACUUAAUCUUAGUCGGAAUAGUUUUGUUGGUUCGAUUCCGGGAACAUUUGUGAGUCUUAAGGAGCUUAGAGAAGUUGUUCUAAGUGAGAAUAGAGAUUUGGGUGGUGUGAUUCCUCAUUGGUUUGGGAGUUUCUCGAUGAUUCUUGAGAGAGUUGAUUUAAGUUUCUGCUCGUUUCUUGGAGAAUUACCUGAGAGUUUACUGUAUUUGAAGUCUCUUAAGUACUUGAAUCUUGAGAGCAAUAACUUGACUGGUACACUUAGAGAUUUUCAGCAACCAUUGGUGGUUCUUAAUCUUGCUUCAAAUCGGUUUUCGGGUACAUUGCCUUGUUUCUACGCCUCUCGUCCGUCUCUUAGUGUUCUGAAUCUGGCUGAGAACUCUUUGGUUGGUGGAUUACCUUCUUGUUUGGGUUCUUUAGAAGAGCUGAGUCAUUUGAAUCUGUCCUUUAAUGGCUUUAACUACGAGAUAUCUCCGAGGUUUAUGUUUUCAGAGAAGCUUGUGAUGCUGGACUUGAGUCACAACGGGUUUUCAGGUCGUCUUCCUAGUAGAAUCUCAGAAACAACUGAGAAACUGGGUUUAGUUCUUCUUGACCUCUCUCACAAUAGGUUUUCUGGUGAUAUACCGUUGAGGAUUACCGAGUUGAAGAGUUUACAAGCAUUGCGUCUCUCUCACAAUCUUUUAACGGGAGAUAUCCCGGCUAGAAUUGGGAAUCUGACAUAUCUCCAGGUUAUUGAUCUUUCCCAUAACGCAUUAACCGGCUCAAUACCUCUCAACAUUGUUGGUUGCUUUCAAUUGCUUGCUCUGAUGAUUAGUAAUAACAAUCUCUCGGGCGAAAUACAACCCGAGCUUGAUGCGUUGGACAGUUUGAAGAUACUGGACAUAAGCCACAACCAGAUUUCGGGUGAGAUACCGCUUACUUUGGCUGGCCUGAAGUCUCUAGAGAUUGUGGAUAUCAGUUCCAAUAACCUCUCAGGAAACCUGAAUGAAGCCAUUACCAAAUGGUCCAACCUCAAGUAUCUCUCUCUUGCCCGGAACAAAUUUAGUGGAACACUUCCUUCUUGGUUGUUCAAGUUCGACAAAAUCCAAAUGAUCGACUACUCCAGCAACAGAUUCUCUUGGUUCAUACCAGACGAUAACUUAAACAGCACACGUUUCAAAGAUUUUCAGACCGGUGGAGAUGAAAGAUUUGCAGAGCCACCAGGAAAAGUAGAGAUCAAAAUAUCAGCAGCUGUGGUUGCUAAAGACGAACUAAGCUUCAGCUACAAUCUAUUAUCCAUGGUUGGGAUUGAUCUUUCUGACAAUCUAUUACACGGAGAGAUCCCAGAAGCUUUGUUCAGACAGAAGAAUAUCGAGUACUUGAACUUAUCCUACAACUUCCUUGAAGGUCAGCUUCCGCGUCUAGAGAAGCUGCCAAGAUUAAAGGCUUUAGAUCUUUCACAUAACUCUCUGUCGGGUCAAGUCACUGGAAACAUCUCAGCUCCUCCAGGACUGACCCUACUGAAUCUAUCUCACAACUGUUUCUCUGGAAUCAUUACCGAGAAAGAAGGGCUCGGAAAGUUUCCAGGCGCUUUGGCUGGAAAUCCGGAACUGUGUGUGGAAUCUCCCGGAAGCAAGUGUGACCCGGCAAACAUUGAUGCAUCACAAGAGGAAAUAUAUCAAAACGAAUUGGUGGAAGGACCGAUAUCGAUUUGGAUAUUCUGCUUGAGCGCGUUUAUUAGCUUCGAUUUUGGAGUGUUAGGUAUCUUUUGCUCAGCUCGUGCUCGUAGUUAUAUUCUUCAGACCAAAGCUUAACUCCAAAGAUUGAUUGAUGUAUAUUCAGUUGUAACACAUGCAUGUAUGUUGUUGGUCUGAGAUGUGAAGUGGAAAUGCUCGCUUUUAACUAAAAUGUUAGUUUUAUUUCCCAAAUGUUGUUACUUCUGUAUAUAGUUUGACUGGUUUACAUUUACAUGAACCGUAUUGGGUUCUUGUUCUGUUUGUGAUUCAAGAAGUGAUUAGACUGAAUAAUCCACCGAGUACAAAAACUGAACUAUGCCAGGACUUAAGAAAAAUAAGCUAAGCAUCUUGUU